UUCGAUUCUUUAUCAAUGGCGGAAGUUUUUGAAAUAUUGUACUUAAUCUCCUCGUACUGUACCACGCCCGCCCAUUGGCCAUGGCGUCCAACAGUCGAAAAAGUGGAGCAGUUGUACAAACUUGGCAUUGAUCAUUGUUGCUGCAGACAGAAAAAUGUUGAGCCAAAUUGUUCAAUUCUUAACGUUGGGCAAAGUGGCUUUCACUCUCUGUCGACCACUUGUUCUCCCAAAAUGACUGCUGUGAAAUCACUCGCCGUUCUCGUUCUUGCCUCUGUUGUGUUGGCAACUCAUGCCUUGAUUUUCAAAGAUUGUGGAUCGGUUUAUGGGAAAGUUCGGUCAGUGGCAGUUUCUGGUUGUGAAACGAGCAACACAUGUAUACUUAAAUCUGGUUCCAGUGCCAACUUUACAGUUGUGUUCACUUCGUUGGAAGAUACUGAUACAACCAAGGCUAGCGUCCAUGGUAUUAUUGCAGGAAUUCCUAUGCCUUUCCCUCUACCACAGAGUGAUGCUUGUCAAAAUUCUGGUUUGGUCUGCCCCUUAAGUAAUGGACAAAACUAUACUUACACAGCAUCCAUUCCAAUCAGUCCUGCUUACCCUAAGAUCAAAGUACUAGUCAAAUGGGAGCUUCAAGAAGUUCAUGGGAAAGAUUUAUUCUGUAUUGAGAUCCCUGCCGCAAUCUUGUAAGCGGACUCAAAACAUACCUUACUUUAUUCUGUUAAUUUGUGUUCUAAAAGUGUUUGUAAUCCAAUAAAAAAAACAGUGAAAUAUAAAAUGUCGGCGAAACGUA